UGAUGCGUCAGUCAAACCUGGAGUCUGCCCACCAGAAGUGACACAUAGGAUUCAACAAACAUGAAGAUGCCAUUCAUCCCAAAGGGUCUACGCCCGCCUAGCUGUCAGUGAGAUUGCUCAUCACAGGGAGGUACUUCUUGGGGUCUCCCAGAAAAGGAGAGGAAGGAGGCUGGUUGAAGUGACCCAUCAAGAAGACACCUAUGGUGCCGAUGAAAAAGAGCAGAGCCAUGAAGAUAAAGCAGACCCGGUCGAUUACCCUGGCGACCAGGAACCACUCUUCAUUCUCCUGCAGGGUGACAAAGGGUGUCUUGAGGCCAGUGUCUGAUGGAAGUCGACGGCAGCUGUAUGGAUGGCACAAGUUCAGCUGAUCUCCGCUGUCAAAGCUGAGUACUUACCUUUAAGUGCACUUUGGGGCAUCCUGUAGACUUCUCUGCCUGCCGGAGCUGCCAGUAAGCAGUCCAGGCCCGUGAACAGCAGCGAUACCAGCACCAGCAUCGUGUCAGGGCAUGGGGUGUCCAGUGGCCACAGCCGGGAGACACUUGUUGAAGAGAAUGCAGAGACGAUGCACUCUGGCCUGAUGGCGUCCAGGCCAUUAGCUGUGAAUUAUGGUGCUGCUGCCAUCACAGCCAAUUGUCUGGACGACAAGCAGGCUUUGCCUCUCACUUUGCUUUGCCGUGUGUUAGCCUCCAGCCAAGUGGCGGGCUCGUCAUCUCUGCAGUGAUCGUGCAGGUGCUUUAAAAGAUGCAACACUCCGAGUGAAGGGAUGCAGAGACUAGACGAGGCACAUCUUCAGACUGGGUAUUGACCAGCACAGAGUUGUUGGGACCCCCAACUGAGAAAAUGGUUGGACUGAGAAACCGCUCCACUUGGGAACCUUUGGUGCUCAAGUCCUCCUGCAUCAAAUCCUGCGCCAUCGGCUGCUCCCUGGGCAUCACGGCGCACCUCACCUAUGCCAACGCAGACAAGGAGCCUGUUGAAGGUGUGUUUGUGUACCCUCUUGGAGAAAAAGAGGUGGUGGUGGGCUUUGAAGCCACAAUCGCAGGACGGCAGAUGGGCGUUCAGAUCCAGAACCGAGGGAAGCUGAAGGACUGCUGCUUGGACUGCUGCCCUGGUUCUGGUCCUGACGGCCGGGAAUGGAACUGCUGCGGGAGCUCCGGUUUGGACAUGCAGUGCACCAAUGGACAUCUCAUUCUGGACGAAGACCUGGAAAGAACCACUUUCAUCGUGGGCACAGGGGUCAUAGGUCCCAUGGAUAUUGUGUCCAUCAUCAUGAAGACCUCACUGGAACUUCCUACACUAGAAAAUGGAGCCAUCCGCAUUGUCUACCCGACAAUCCUGACGCCCGUCGUCACACACAUGACCACAAGCAAGAGUGAAAACGGGGGGAAAUCCGAAGAAACCGGACCAACCAGCUGUUUUGGUGCCACCUCAGGAAAACAGGACCGGGUUCUAGAUACACAGCAGCAGUAUUGUGCCCAUGCCAUCUUCACACGUCCAGCAGCAAAUUUGGCUCCUUAUGAACUCAACUUUCAACUGCUGGUCCGAGGGGCCUGUCUGCUGGCCGGACUGGAGAGCCCCACUCACGCCCUGAGGGCCGAUGCUGACCCCAGUGCCCAAAGUGCCUCCAUCACCUACAUCACCUUAGCGCAGGAGCAUCCCUAUGACCGACACAUAGAGAUCAUUCUGCACCUCAGCGAACCACACAGCCCACUGGUCAUCAUAGAGAAGGGCAGACUCUCCUUUGCCCAGUACGGAAAGCACAUUCACUCUCGACGGGAUUUCAUCCGCUGCACCCGCAAAGAUCCCCAACCAGAGAAAAAGGUGGAGUUUGUGAGAAAGCGCUACCACAAGGACAUUCUCAACAACCCAGUGUUGAUGCUCAACUUCUGUCCUGAUUUGUUGGAGGAGCCUCUGGAGCUGAACAAAGCAAACAGAGAAACCCUGUUUCUGGUGGAUGGCAGCGGCAGCAUGAGCGGCGACAACAUGCGUCGGGUGAAGGAAGCAAUGGUGGUCGCGCUAAAGAGCCUCCCUGCAGGCACCUUGCUCAACAUCGUCGGCUUCGGCACAAACGUCAAGUCUCUCUUCACGGCCAGCCAGCUCUGCACCGACGUGACGCUGAUGCAGGCGUACGAGUAUGUCCAGAAGAUGAGAGCUGACAUGCGAGGCACCGACCUGAUGGGGGCGCUGUCCUGGGUGUACCAGCAGCCCAUGCAGCAGGCGUACCCUCGCCAGGUGUUCAUCAUCACAGACGGGUCCAUCAGCAACGUGGGCAAAGUUUUAGAGCUGGUCCGAAGGAACACGUGCGCUGGCAGAUGCUUUGGCUUAGGUCUGGGUCCCCGAGCCUGCAGGCGACUCCUGCAGGGCGUGGCCAAGCUGACAGGAGGCACCACAGAGAUUUUGGAAGAUGGGGAACGCCUUCAGCCAAAGCUCAUCAAGUCACUGAAAAAGGCCCUUGAACCUGUGCUGACUGAUGUGCGGAUUGACUGGUACCUGCCCGAAAAUGUGGAGGCCCUUCUUUCCCCAAAUGAAAUACCUCCACUCUACCCGGGGAACCGCCUUAUUGGUUACUGCACGCUGUACGACAUGACAACAUUUAAAGCCAAGUGUCAAGGGCGGGCCUAUAAAGAUACACGUAAUGUCUCCAUUGGCUCGGUUUUUUGCCAGUCGAAUGAUGAGAUGUCGCCGCCUACUUCGGAACUCAUGCCUGCAGCUGCCUGCUCGGAAGGUAAUGACUUGGAAGAGGCGCUGAGGGAGAUAUCCCGAGACAUCUCCUCUGAGUUUUCCUGUGCCAAAGAUGCUGACCCCACAGGCUGGUCCAGUGAUGUUCGGACAAGGAUCCAGGAGACCUCCUACAUCCAGGAGCAGUAUGUCCUCACCCACUGCUCCCUUAGUAGCGAGCGCAGUCCUCCUACGCACGUGCAGGCCUCGUCAAGUUCGAACACUACGAGCAGGGCCUGUCCGCCUGAUCCCAUUGACUCCGCUCCGCUGUUGGACACGGGAUCUUUACCACAAGGUCUUGAGAAAAUGCCCGCUCUAGAACCGAGAUCGUCUAUGUCUCGCUGGGCUGACUCAGAGUGGCAGGAAAACCUCUCAGCUGAGAGUCCGCACGACAGCAUGAAAAAGAGUUGUGCUGAAGAACCUCAUGGGAGACAAAAAUCGCUGGCCCGUUCAACCAUGGCAGCACGAAGCUUCUCAUCGCCGCAAGGUGAGAUGGAGAUGCAUCGCCUCAGGAGAGCUCUGGAGAGGGUCUCUUUCGACCAAACUCUGGGAGGGAGGCUGGAUGAAAGUGACGGAGAAUCAAAGCCAGCAGAUGUACUGUCCCACAGAAGCCUGAAUGAUUCCAGCGGACUCCUUUUUCCCGCUUCUCCUCUCGACUGGGAUAACUUCACAGACCCCGAGUAUCUUUUCACUGCCGUCUCUUUGGAGGAUCCUCCACCGGGUCAAUGUCGCUCACUCAUUCACGGGCUUCUAGGAGGCAGACCCGUGUCCUGGGAGGUCACCGUCAACCUGAGCCACCUCUGGGUGCCUGAAGACAAGAGUGCCACAGGGGUGGCAAGUGGAGGAGGAAGUGAAAGGGAAUCUUGGGAGGAGAUCGUUCACCAGCUCACCGCUCGCUCCGUCAUAAGAGACUUUGAGAAAUUGGCAGAGCGGGAGAACCAAACAGAGCACGGUUCAGCAAAGCGAUACCGUGUGAAGGCUAUCCAGACCAGCAAACAUUGCAGUGUCACCUGCAUGUACACGGCCUUCACCAUCCUUGACAGCAACCCCAACAGAGGCUUCCAGGAAAGUAUGGAGGUCCAAAACACAGGUACACUUGUGAGGAGCAGUCGCCGAUCCCACUCAGGUAGUCGCAAGCAAAAAACUUACUCUGUAGGUCUGGGCAGACGACCUGCCAGUGGAGACUGUGAAGAGGUUGAGGACACAUUUAACUCUACAGACAGAGAUGACACCCCUACAUCACCUCAAAGCCUUAUAUCCUGGGACUCCAAUGUCGGGGGCAAUGCCCCCAGUACUGCUGCCUCAGCAACAACGGGCCCCUCGUCCACACGUUCUCAGAGAUCCAUAGAGAGCAAGUCAAUGGAGAGCUUCUUUGGAACGAGGUUUCCGCUCGGCAGACUCAGAUCCUCUAUUUCAUCAGGAAGACAGGUUCCUCUCAAGUCCCACUGCCUCUCUGCAGAGAGUGAGAAACAACCUGACAAAGAAGCGUCAGACUACCUGCCCCUGGUUCGCCUGCAGCUAGCUUCAGGAGCCUUUCUCCUCACAGAGCUCUACGCCGACUGCGUCCAGAUCUCUUUAGACCGCCUAAAGAGGGCAUCACCCUACACCCUGCAUAGACGCAGCCUCAGCCCACCUUUCCGCUGUCCAUCUCCCAGCGCUCCAUCUUUGUCCUCGGCCGCUAAAACCCCGGCUAGUCAUCACGUCACCUUCUCACCAUCCUCCUGCUCCCUCGUCAAAACAAACGCGCCUCCUUUUCACCACACCCGAGACGACAUCCCACUGAUGCUGGAGCCAAGGCUUCGCAGAAGACACCUGUCCGACAGAGAUCCCGUCCCCUUGUCCCCGGACCUCCCCAGCUCUGAGGAAGGCUCCCUCGAGCUACCGAGCGGAAAUUCGCCAGGCCUGAGCCACGGCCAAGCCGACAGCGGUCGCGGGUCAGAGACCGACAUGUGUGAGGGCUCAUCGCUGGAGCUGGCCUGCCUCCAAGUCAGCAGCCAAUUGGCUCAAGAUGACCUGGAGGGCUCGAGCUGGGCAACGGCAGUGGCCCUUGCUUGGCUGGAACAUCGCUGUGCCGGAUACUUCAUGGAGUGGGAGCUGCUGGCUGCAAAAGCGGACUUCUGGCUGCGAGGUCAGGAGCUGCCAGAGGGGGUGGACCUGGCCGGGCUGAGGGGGGCCGCCAGACAGCUGUUUCUGCUGCUGCGCCACUGGGAUGAGAACAUCAAAUUCAACAUGCUGUGCUAUAACCCCAAGUACAUGUGAGACAAUCACCUCUGGAAACUGAGCCAAAUGCAAGUGCCGUUAUUGAGUUAAAUCUACCAUGCAGUUAUCUUAAGAAAUAGCCUCAUCUUACAAAGCCAAAUCAUCAAGAGUCAAAGUUAAAGGCCUACUGAAAUGAGACUUUCUUAUUUAAACGGGGAUAGCAGGUCCAUUCUAUGUGUCUUACUUGAUCAAUUCGCGAUAUUGCUGUAUUUUUGCUGAAAGGAUUUAGUAAAGAACAUUGACGAUAAAGUUCGCAACUUUUGGUCGCUAAUAAAAAAAAGCCUUGCCUGUACUGGAAGUAGCAGAUGAUAUGCGCGUGACGUCAGAGGUUGUGGAGCUUCUCACAUCGGAACAUUGUUUACAAUCAUAGCCACCAGCAGCGAGAGCGAUUUCCCCAUUAAUUUGAGCGAGGAUGAAAGAUUUGUGGAUGAGGAAAGUAAGAGUGAAGGACUAGAAAAAAAAUAAAUAAAAAGACUAUAGAGUGGGAGCGGUUCAGAUGUUAUUAGUAGGGUUGGGUACCGAGUAUCGAUUGGAACCGGGACUAACUUUCCCAUUCUCCCGGAAUGGUUCAAAAGUUUAAAUUUUGAUUCCUAGUUUCGAUACCCAGUCCGCCGACCCGGAAGAAGAAGCCGCUGAACACCAACGAAGAAGCGCCCACCGCCGGAAGUGUUAGCCGAACGAGUCAGUCAAGCAUGGAUAGCAGGCGUCGACGGUCGAAAAUGUGGCUUUAUUUUACUAAAAAAAAAGGAAAUAUCGGCGAAAUGUAACAAGUGCGACAGGACUGUUUCGUGCUUAGGAGGGUGCAAGUCGAACAUGAUGAAGUACCUCCGAGUUCAUGGAGUACAAAUAAAUGCGUGUCCCGUCUUCGACAGGAGACACUAUCUGUCCAGAAAACUCACGCAUCCUGCCUGAGAAGGCGGAUAUGGUCAUUUUCCUAAACAAGAACUGUCUCUGAUUUUAUACUGUAUCUGCUACUAAUCUGGACUGGGUUUUGCAAGUUGUUUCUUAUUGUUUAUUUGCUUUUCUGCACCAGGUUAGCCCAUCAGUGGGAGCACGGUAACAUGUUUAAGUACCUGCAGCAUCAUACACUUGUGUGUGUGUAAAUGUGAUUUCAUGAGGUUUUCAAAAAUAAAGCUCUCUUAAUGAAAGAGUGAAAAUGUAUUUAUAAUAUUUAUAUUCAAGUUCAUAGAUUUGAUAUUGAUAUUCUAGUUGAAAACAGGGCUUUAAGGAAUUUGUAGUAAAGUUCACAAAAUGUUAAUAGAAUUAAAAUUGAUGGGGAAUGUCAGACUAUUUCACUCAGAAAGACUGUAGCUCAUUUAAAAUAUCCUGAACUUUUUUUUGACCCUGCCUUUUUUUUUUAAAAGAAAGAAUCGGAAUCGAGAAUCGUCAGGAAUCGGAAUCGAAGCAAAGAAUCGGAAUUGUUGGAAUUCAAACGAUACCCAACCCUAGUUAUUAGACAAAUUUACUAGGAUAAUUCUGGAAAAUCCCUUAUCUGCUUAUUGUGUUACUAGUGUUUUAGUGAGAUUAUAUGGUCGUACCUGUACAACAUGAAGGUCAGCCCCACACCUUUCUUCAGCACCAGUCCACGGGUGGUGGCGAUGCCCAUCUCUGCCCUUUGCAAGAGACCCUUUCCGAAACACGAUCUUUCGAAAUGAUCGCUGCAUAAUACACUGUACUUUGUGUCAACCGUGUUCGCUUGAUUGCUCUGUUCCUAGUAAAGCUUCACCGUCAGGGACGGCGUGGCGCAGUGGAAGAGUGGCCGUGUGCAACCCGAGGGUCCCUGGUUCAAUCCCCACCUAGUACCAACCUUGUCACGUCCGUUGUGUCCUGAGAAAGACACUUCACCCUUGCUCUUCAUGGGUGCUGGUUAGCGCCUUGCAUGGCAGCUCCCUCCAUCAGUGUGUGAAUGGGUAAAUGUGGAAGUAAUGUCAAAGCGCUUUGAGUACCUUGAAGGUAGUAAAGCGCUAUACAAGUACAACCCAUUUAAUUAUCUUUCGAGAAUGUAAACAAUGAAACACCGGCUGUGUUUGUGUUGCUAAAGGCGGCCGCAAUACACCGCUUCCCACCUACAGCUUUCUUCUUUGACGUCUCCAUUAAUCAAUGAAGAAAUUGCAAAAGAUUCAGCAACAUAGAUGUCCAUAAUACUGUGGAAUUAUGAGAUGGAAAGAAACGACUUAUAGCUGUGAAUGGUGCUGGAACAAAAUGUCCUCUACAAUGCGUGACAUCACGCGCACGCGUCAUCAUACCGCAACGUUUUAGCAUGAUACUUCCGUGCGAAAUUUAAAAUUGCAAUUUAGUAAACUAAACCGGCCGUAUUGGCAUGUGUUGCAAUGUUAAUAUUUCAUCAUUGAUAUAUAAACUAUCAGACUGUGUGGUCGGUAGUAGUGGGUUUCAAUAGGCCUUUAAAUACAGCCCGUCCAAUUUUAAUAUAGGAGCGCCAAAUUUGUAUAGUGGAUUUUUUUGUUUGCAAAAAUAAACUAUAAUAUGGGAACUUGACUACUUGUGGUGUCUGCACAAAAAGGGAAACAAACAACCCCUGUUGUAAGUAGCAUUUAUAUUUAUUAUAAAACGUCACAUUUUUUUACUGUGCUAAUGAUCUGUGACAUGUUCACCACAGGAGGACAUGACAUCGUCACAAGAAGCUGGCCUACAAUACUCGUACUUAGUAACUUUAAAACAGGAGUUGAGCUUAUUCCUCACAUGCUACACAUCAUUGCAGACCUGGGCAAAUCAAGGCCGGGGGGCCGCACACAGCCUUUUAAGCUUUUCAGUCUGGCCCACUGGACAUUCCCAAUUUUUUUCAAAUGUUUUUAAAUAACCGUAAGUCUUGAACUAUACAAAGUAUUUCAAUGGUUGGAAUCUGCACUUUUGCAUGAUAUACUCGUUACUAUGGUAAUCUAAUUAUUUACUAUGGUAAUUAAGUCACAGCAGCUCAGACGAGGCACUAGGCAGUGUGGGUGGGGAGCGUUUCUGUCAGGGACAGAUAAGGAAGGAGAUUUUUACAACAAAGUUCUAAAGCUUAGUGAUAUAUCAGAUUGUAGGUGGGGUUUUGUUUGACCCUUCGCAUUCAUAUUUUGCUGUUUUUGUUGCAUAUAUGUUGCAUUUCGCUUGAUUGUAAAAUAUGUCGAUGGAGAGGGUAGGUGACGACCAUACGUUGUCAAUAUUCAAUGUUUUCUCCUUCAUAGUUAAUAUUGUAAAUCCCACAUUCUUUUUUUUCAUUUACAUUCUGGGUGUCUCAUUCAGUAAAAAAAAAUUUAAAUUACAUUCCGUUUUUUCAGGCGAUCUGUCAUACCGUUUUUAGCUUUUAAUCAGACAUUAUUGUGAACUAAAAAUCAGAUAUAUCGGCUCUAAGACACAUUUUUUCUCAAAAUGUGCUCCCCCCGAGUCAAAUUAAUUGCCCACGCCUGCAUUAUUGCGUGCUUUGUGGAAUAUUGAGAGAAAACCUCACUAUGCUGCUGUGUUUCUAACAAAGGGUGUUAUGUAAAUAAAAGUUAUUUAAAAGAUAGACCUACUGAAAUUAGAAGAUGACACAUUUCAAUAUCACAAUGGAUGACAUACUUGUAAGUCAUGAUGUUGUGAUUACAAGAUUUGGAUAUUGUUGCAACAUUUACUGCAUACUCAAUGUUUCAUCACAUCGUGUUAAAUAGAAAAUCACCUCAUUGUGUCAUGUGCCACCAAA